AUGCCGAAUUUUUAUGCCAGGACAAAUUCUUGGCAUGAAACUUCGAAUGUAUCUUUACUUGACUAUAAUAGUUGCUUAAAAAAUCUUAUUGAUUGUAAUAAAGAGGAAAACAAUGAGAAACGACGACGUUCAAAUUCCAGAAAGGGAGAAGGGAAUGAGCGUAUACUCUUAACUAUUAUAGCAUUAUAUAUAGCGGCAACAACUACUAUAACUAAAACAACUACUACAACUGCAGCAACUGUUACAAUUACUUCCAAUACAUGUACUUCUGGAUGGAAAGGCGUUACUGUACUUUAUCAUUGUAAUAAUUGUCCAGAUAUACCACCAUAUACACAAUAUACAUAUACUUACACCGCUAUUUCAAAUAGAACUCGUAUUGCAUUUUCUUUUCGUGAAGAUGAAGGUUGUUUUGUACUUGAUGCUGUAUCAGUACGAAAUAUAGCUAUUGAAUUAAUUGCAAAUAAUGAUUUUGAAACUGCUACACUAUCAUCAUGGACUUAUUGCAACUCAAAUAGCACAACAAGUGCUGGUGCAGUUAUGCAAAAUUCAGAUCAUUUUGAAUGCAUGGCUAAUACAUACCAAGUUGAAUCAGGAAAUUAUUUUUAUUAUGAUGGAGCAGUAGGAAAUUUUGAUUAUUUAAUUCAAAUGUUUUCAACACUUGUUGGUCAAACAUAUACUAUUUCAUAUUGGUUAUACAAUCAAGGCAGUGCUCACCCGAGUAGUGCUGAUGUGAUCAUAAGUAUCUAA